CAGUUUUUAACACAUAACCUCCCUCCGCCCUCCGCCCUCCGCCGUUCGUCGUCAUAGUCGCGCCUCCAGAAGCUUCUCUUCCGUGUUGCCACCGUCGAUCUAUCGACCGUUCUGAAGCUGGUACUUUCCAAAUCUACGGUGAAGCUCCUAGCUCCCCUAAACCCUAAUCAUAUUGAUCAGGUAGGGGGAUUGGUGAAGUGAACAUAACAUGGCUUCAAACCGGGAAAGGGAAACUAACAAGAGGUUAGGGGAGGAAGAGCUUGAUGCAGAGGCUAAAAGGCAGAGAAAGGAUGAGGAGUCUUCUACUCCUUCUGCUGCUGCUUCCAUUGCAAACCCUCUUUCUGGGUUGGCCAAUAAUUAUGCCGACAUUGAUGAGGAGGAAUAUUAUGAUAGAAAGGGAAGGCUUUCUACUAAUGAGAGGAGGAAUGACGGGUCCCAGAAAAAUGGGAAUGGAUAUGAAGAGCUGGGUGAUAGUGAUAGUGAUGACGAUGAUUCCAGCGAACCAUUAUAUGGUGGAAGACGCAGUCGACAAAUUGAGGUUCGGAAGGACUGUCCUUACCUUGAUACUGUUAAUAGACAGGUUUUGGAUUUUGACUUUGAGAAGUUCUGUUCUGUCUCUCUGUCGAAUUUGAAUGUGUAUGCGUGCUUAGUUUGUGGGAAGUAUUACCAAGGCAGGGGUAAAAGUUCUCAUGCCUAUACACACAGCCUUGAAGCAGGACAUCAUGUUUAUAUCAAUCUCCGAACUGAGAAAGUCUACUGUCUACCCGAUGGAUAUGAAAUUAAUGAUCCUUCAUUGGAUGACAUUCGUAAUGUCCUUAAUCCAAGGUUUACUCCAAAGGAUGUUGAGCAACUUGACAAAAAUAAGCAGUGGUCUAGGGCACUUGAUGGUUCUAGUUACCUUCCUGGAAUGGUGGGACUCAAUAAUAUUAAGGAGACUGAUUUUGUGAAUGUAACAAUCCAGUCCUUAAUGAGAGUUACCCCCUUGCGGAAUUUUUUCCUUAUACCUGAGAACUAUCAACACUGCAAAUCCCCACUUGUUCAUCGAUUUGGCGAACUGACGAGAAAGAUCUGGCAUUCACGAAACUUUAAAGGACAGGUCAGCCCGCAUGAGUUUCUGCAGGCAGUGAUGAAAGCCAGUAAGAAACGGUUUCGGAUAGGAGCUCAAUCUGACCCAGUUGAGUUCAUGUCGUGGCUUCUUAAUACGCUACAUGCAGAUCUUAAAUCUUCGAAGAAGAAUACCAGCAUAAUUUACGAUUGCUUUCAGGGCGAACUUGAGGUUGUAAAAGAGAUUCCUAACAAAGGGAUCACCGAUAAGAAAGAAAACGGUGAGGACCUAAACAAGAAUGAGAAAAAUUCAGAUGGUGCUACAGAGAGAGAUGCAUUCGUCAAAGAAACUUCCAAGAUGCCAUUUCUAAUGCUAGGAUUGGAUUUGCCACCGCCUCCACUUUUCAAAGAUGUGAUGGAGAAAAAUAUAAUACCCCAGGUUCCUCUCUUUAACAUUCUAAAGAAGUUUGAUGGGGAGACUGUUACAGAGGUGGUUCGUCCUCACAUAGCAAGAAUGCGGUAUCGGGUUACCAAAUUGCCUAAAUAUAUCAUUAUUCACAUGCGUCGAUUUACUAAGAACAAUUUUUUUGUGGAGAAAAAUCCCACUUUAGUCAACUUUCCUGUUAAGAACCUGGAGUUGAAGGACUACAUUCCCUUGCCAACGCCGAAAGAAAAUGAGAAAUUGCGAUCUAAAUAUGAUUUAAUCGCCAAUGUCGUCCAUGAUGGCAAACCUGGUGAAGGUUUCUAUAGGGUAUUUGUUCAACGCAAAUCAGAAGAACUAUGGUACGAGAUGCAGGAUUUGCACGUCUCAGAAACACUUCCUCAUUUGGUUGCACUUUCAGAAGCUUAUAUGCAGAUAUAUGAGCAGCAACAGCAACAGCAAUAAAAUCGACUCAAGUCCUGUUUUGCAAGCACCAUAAUCUGAAACUUGAUUUUACCCGAAUAGAGAUGUAGAGGUGUACGUGGUGGGGUUGGGAUGAGUUGAAUCCAGCAUUAUUUUUUUACUGGGUCAUUUUGUAGAAAUCAAAUCAAAAUCACUGAAAAUAAUUGGAUCUAAGAGUUGACCUCAUAUUAGACAAUGCAUUAUGUAAGACUUUGGAUACUAUAUGUACUUAUGUAGUAAUGAAAUUUUAAACAAAAAAAAAAGGUUUUUGGCCAGCAUUUUAAUUC